AGCUCCGACACCGCCAACAGUGGCUCCGUCAGAACAUAAUCAAUAUUGAACCCUCAUUUCGUGCCCGACUCUGGAAUUAGACUCUAAAACCCAUCAUCAUCAUCAAAUUCUGAUCUUGACCUGGGCCUGGUUCAUAGUGGUCGGUCCCUCCUCCUAUUCAUGGCUCUUUCUUUCUUCUCUAUUAUUCUCUUUCUCUUCCUAUCCCUCCACUCCCAUUACACAUUCACUCCUGUUUUCGCUGCUCCUUCUGAAGGCGUCCAGAUUACUUAUGGAUCAGUGAUUAAGCUGAUGCAUGAAAAGACUAAAUUCAGGUUGCAUUCCCAUGAUGUGCCUUAUGGCUCUGGCAGCGGUCAGCAAUCUGUCACUGGUUUCCCUAAUGUAGAUGAUUCAAAUAGCUACUGGAUUGUUAGGCCUGACCCAGACACAACUGCAAAACAAGGAGACACUAUCAAAAUUGGAACAAUCAUUAGAUUGCAACACAUGAGUACUCGUAGAUGGCUUCAUAGCCAUUUGCAUGCUUCUCCAAUUUCGGGCAACUUGGAGGUGAGUUGCUUUGGAGGAGAUGGUGAAUCUGAUACUGGAGAUUAUUGGAGACUUGAAAUUGAGGGAAGUGGGAAGACUUGGAGGCAAGAUCAAAGAAUUAGGCUUCAUCAUGUGGACACAGGUGGUUACCUACACAGUCACAAUAAGAAAUAUUCCCGUAUAGCUGGGGGUCAGCAAGAGGUUUGUGGUACUAGAGAGAAGCGAGCUGAUAAUGUUUGGUUAGCGGCAGAGGGUGUGUACCUCCCAAUUACCCAGAAGAAGUGAUAGUUGCGUAAAUUUCAAGAUCCCUGAAAACUAGCGUGUAGGCUUUUGGUUCCUAAUGUUGCUAGCUGUACCUCUUCUCAUCUGCGAGGAGAAUCUAAGCAUUAGUAAGCAUAGUGAAUUCUGAAUUUCAUGCAUGGUUAUGUGUUUAACCAUCUUUUCUUGAUCAAUUUUCGUAUUACAAGUACCGACUAUUAACCCAUUUAUUUGAUAGUUUUAUACUUUUCAUCUGUC